CCGGCCGCCAUUUGCCGCGGGGGUGCGGAAGAUGGCGGCGGCGCUCGGGGGGCGGGGCCUGGCUGUGGGCGGGGCUAUCGCUGCUCAGGCCACGCCCCCGGCCCCGGAGCUGCGCGCACGUGGGCGCCGUGCCGCUGCGCUCGGGGCGUCCCUGCGCUGUGAGCGGGAGGACAGGCGGGCACCGGGCUCCGCUUGGGAUGCCCGGCGCGGCCUCCUCCGUGCUGUACCGCCCGAUUUGGGGCACCGCGGCGCUGCCGACUUCGUGGAGCCCUGUCUCGGCAGGGAGGGGUUAAGCACCGGCUGCUUUCAGUCCGCCCCGUGUGUGCCAAGUUUAAAUUUAGCCCCCGCGUGAAACCAGCGCGGGGCAUCGGGUUGCCUCGGGGCUGGCAGCGCCGCGCAGCACCUGCUGCCACUGCCCGCAAACAGCCCCCAGAGCCGGGGCUGACCCCGCGGGGGUGGCCGGAUGGGGCCGGGCGCACCGAGACCUCCGCACCUCCGAACGAGGCGAUUAGACGAUUAAUUAACACCGUCCUUCGUGUCAGACCCGGAGGCGUUCGGUGCCGGUUUGAUUUCAAAGCUCACGCUUGCUCCUCGCCGCUCGCUGUUGGGUUGGGGGAUGUUAUGGGAAGGAUCGCUUGGGGCCGGGCUUCGCGUUCCCGGGGUGGGGACGGGAUGGGGAUGGAGGAGCGGCGCGGGCCCUCAGCCGCCCUCUGCGCCGCCGGGGGUGGCAAGCGGCACGGCCGCCGCGUGCUCCCGUCACCCCAGGGGAUGAUACACGCCCAUGCGUCCCGUGGGACCGUGCUGGCACCCGGCCUGCGGGGUCACGGCGCAGCAGCGAGGGGUCACGGCGGCACCGUCCCCAUAGCAGACCCCUGAGCCGGGGGCGGCGGAGGCAUUCCUGCACCUCCCGGCGCUUGGCAUCGCCCCCCCGGGCUGGCGCCCGCCGUCACACAUGUGAUCGAAGCUCCGGGCACGGCUGCGAGCAGAGCAGAAGGUCGAGCAGCGCCGGGCCCGUCCCCACCAUGAUCCCCCGCGGCAAGAGGGACGCGAGCCGCCCUGCCGAGCUGCCCGACGGCGCGGAGCGACACGAGUCCCCCUGGGAGGAGGACGGCCGCCUGUCCGUGCUGCCCCGCGACGACCUCCCCAAGAGCGUGUCCGACUCCUCCAUCUCCUCCUACCACUCGGCGCGGUGCUCGGAGACCACCGACACCUUCAAGGACUGCCUGGAGUUCCUGGAAGAGGACGAUGCUGGCCGUCUCACUCCCCCGCCGCCCUACGUGCCCCCCGAGGGCCCCCCGCCGCACGGCCCCGGCUCCGGUCUGCGGGAGGAGCGCGCUCGGCAGCCCCAGCUGUCCGUCACGGCUAAGAAUAGCGCGGCGCCGGGCCGCGGGGGCAGGAUGGGUCCCCUCCGCGGAGAUCGGCCGCCCGUCGUCGCCUUCGUGGAGCGGCCGUGCGCGGCGGCACCGGCGGCGAUGCUGGGCGAGGGGCGGCGGGCCCGGAGGGGCGGCGGGGCCAGCGACUCGGAUGAGGCCGACAGCGAGGUGCGGGCGCUGACGGCCAGGUCCUUCCGCAGCCUGUCGGGCCCCCCCGGCGCCCGGCUGGACAUGUGCAGCUCGUCCAGCCUCUCCAACUCGCUGUCGGAGGACGGCGGCGGCGGGCGGCGGUGGGCGGCGUGCGGGGAGCCCCGCGGUACGGAGCUGCCCGGCGUGCCGGCCAAGGACCUGUUUGAGUGCGUGGAUGUGGAGCUGGAGAGCGGCGACGCCAAGAAGGGGUAUGGCAAGAGGAGGACUGUCCCCAAACGGCAGAUCCAGCUGAAGAGGAAGGAGAGGAAGGAGGCGGGGUUCUUCCCGUGGGGGGACAGCUCAGCCCCGCAGCCUCUGCCCCCCGCCAGGAAGGAGCCCCCGGGGAAGGGCAGGGCUGGCGGCGAGGAUUUCAGGUUCAACUACAAGCAGUUCGUGAAGACGGCCUCCUUGGAGGGUGAUACCAGCAAGACCCGGAUGGCCUCCAGCCUGGUAAAGAACGUGCUGGCCAAGAAGAUGCAGUACGAGCAGCUCAUCAAGAUGGAGCAGCAGAAGGCGCUGCGGGGCAGCUCCACCUCCUCGGGGCCAUCCUCGGCCGGCACUGACCUACUUGGGGACGGCAUGGAAGGCAAGUCCAGCUCGCUGUCCAAGUCCGACCUCAGCGCCUCGGCCGAAGAUGUGAGGCUGGUGGACAUGGGGCUGGGGCCUAUCGGUGCCCACCGGCCGGCCAAGGGUGUGGUGCUGAGCGAGGCGACGCGGGAGAACGUCUGCAGGCUGAAGAAGACCUUCAAUGAGCUCAACGAGAGGAUGCGGUACCAGGAGGUGGUGCAGUGCCAGCGCCUGCCUGCUGCCGAGCCCUCCGCCGAGAGGACUCCCUACUGGCGAGCGCGCGCCCUGUUCGAAGGCCGCGGCGGGGAUGGGAAGGUGCCGGCCAUCACCCCCAAGUUUGAGAAGCCACAGAAGCCGUGGCCCAGCUUGAGGCAGCGAGCCAUCCGCCCCAGCAGGCCCCAGCUCGUCCCCUUUGAGCCCAAAAGCUUGGUGCCUCCCGACGUGCCACCCCGGAGCAUCUUCACCUCCCAGGCACGGGAUGUGAGGUUGGGGCCACAGAGCCGUGGGGAGGAGAAGCCACCGCCAGCGCCCCGAGAGCCCCCGGGAUCUGGGAUCUCUGUGGGUACCCCCACUGAGCCAGGCAGCAAAGGCAAGGGGCUGGUGCCGCAGCCACGGGACGUGCGUAAGCUGCUCAAGAGCAGCUACAGCCUCAGCUUCGGUGCUGCUCGCGGACCCCCGGCUCCUGGCCCCAGUGGGGAAAGCAGUGGGGAACCCAAGCCGCCAUCCCCGCUCAUCAUCCACUGCACCUCGGUCCGACGCAGCGAGCCGGCACCGAGCAUCGUGCCACCGGCAGCAGGGGACGUGGGGACGGAUGGUGUCCGAGAGCCUGCACCAGCACGCACCGAGGGCACGGCAGCGUCCACCAGCAGCCACCCAGCGCAGGGCUCACCUGUGCAGAUCAGCAAGGUGCAGUCUGUGCGGAGAGAGGCAGCCACCACCAAGAGCCCCCAGCCCAGCCCGGCCACGUGCCGCCAGCGCAGUGAGAUCCAUGUGCCGUCUCUGGUGGGGACUGUGGAAGAAACGCACGUGGAGAGCCACCUUCAUGUCCUGGUCGGACCUCGGUCCCCUGUGGCUGUGGAGGCCUCCCCGGCUCGGAGCAGUGCUGUGCUGAGGACGGAGAAGACCCUUCUCCUCCCACCACCACCAAUGAGUCCCACAGAGGAGGAUGAGGAGCGUGGUCACGGUGUCACCAUAGGGGACGGCACGGGAGCAGACCAACAUCGCAGCAGUGGGGACAACCCAGGGAAUGUCCAGGAUGUGAAAUCAGUGGUGAGGAGUGCACUGAAGCCGCCCACCUGUGAGCAGCCAGGCAGCCAGCUGGCCUCGGCAGGGAACCAUGGCCCCACAGACAGCACUCGCCCCACUGCGCCAUUUCAAGCAAGGGAGGCUGGUGAAGGUCCCUCUGUUCCCCCUGUGCCACUUGCCGGCAGGCCACUGGAACAGAGGGAGACCAUGGAGCACGUAACGAAGUGGCUGGGAGCCAGUGAUCCACACCUUACUGGUGUCCAGGCAGACAACUCCAACUACUUGACAAUUCCUGUGAAAGCCCCCAAACCUUCCCCAGUGCCAAAGGUGCCCCCGGUCCCUAGCCCGGGCACCACCUCCUUUGGGACCCCUUUGGUCCCCCACCCCAACAGCGUGUCCUUUGGGACCCCCUCGGUCCCAAACUCAGCCACCACGCACUCUGGGACCCCUUCAGUCCCCAAUCCAGCCACUGCACCCAUGGGGACACCAUUGGUCCCCCGUCCAACUAGUAUGCCUCUUGGGAUCCCUUCUGUCCCCAGUCCAGCCAGUGCGUCCCUUGGGGCCUCCAUGGUCCCCAACCCAGCAUCUUUUGAGACCCCUGUGGUCCCCAGCCUGACCAGCACAUCCCUUGGGACCCCUUUGGUUCCUAAUGCAGCCACCUCCUCUUUUGGGACACCGUUGUUCCCAUACCCACUGAGUGCACCCCUUGGGACCCCUUUGGUCCCCAGUCCAGCCACUCCAUCUUUUGGGACUACUUCAGUCCCCAGGCUGCCCAACUCAACCUUUGGGACCUCUUUGGUUCCCAAUCUAUCCAGCACACCUUUUGCAACCCCUUCUGUCCCCAAUCCAGCCAGCUCAUCCUUCGGGGCCCCCUUGGUCCCCAACCCAUCCAGCACACCUUUUGCAUCUUCCUCUGUCCCCAAGCGGGCCAGCUCAUCCUCUGGGACCCCCUUGGUCCCCAAUCCAGCCACGACGUCCUUUGGGACCGUUCCAUUCUCCAGGCCACUCAACUCAACCUUUGGUGCCCCCUUGGUCCCCAACCCAUCCAGCACACCCUUUAUGACCCCCUCUGUCCCCAUGCCAGCCAGCUCAUCUUUUGGAACCCCCAUGGUCAGCAACCCAGACCCUACUUCCCUUGGGUACCCAUCAAUAUCUAACGUGGCCAGAUCCUCCUUUGGGUCUCCCUUAUUCCCCAGCCCAGCCAGUGUUCCUCUGGGGACUGGUGUGUCCUCCCAUCCUGGUGGGGAAGCCCCUUGGAGCAAACCCCUCCCUGAGCCCUCCCAGCCCUCUGAUGCUCUGGCCACUGCUGUGCCUCCAGCCCAGCCCCAACCUCACAUGGAAGAUGCUCCCCGGAGGACUGAGGGAUCCUCACCGGGCAGCAAGAGCACACCGAGCCCCCCACGGCCCUUUGCUCCCCACCCCUCCGCACACCGCAAGAUGCUCGUUGAUCCCGACAGUGGAAAAUGCUACUACAUGGAAGCGCCACGGCAGCCCCAACUGAAAACACUUUACGACCCAGAGACAGGGCAGUACAUGGAGGUGCUCAUCCCAUCGGUGCCCGUGGCCUCACACGCUGGAUUCUACCAUGCUCCCUUCAACCCCAUGCUCUAUGGCACACCCUACAUGCCCUAUGGCAGCUUCCCUGGGCUGCCAGCACCCUCGCUGCCCACUGCCUCCUCCCCGGCACACCCUGACCUGCAGGGCCAGCCACCAACCUCCGAAAACCCUGGGGGCUUCCCCGGAACCUUCAGCCCGGAUCCUAAGGGAGAGGGGCCACCUGCAACUGCGGGACCUGAUUGUGGGUACCUGGAGAGCCCCUAUUACAUCCCCACAGGAAUGCGGGCCAGCCCCAGCCCCAGCCAGCCCCCAGCCCGUGCCAGCCCUGCCAGCACCGAGAAGGGACCACUGCCCUCCAUGUGAUCCCCAAAUGCAGUGCCAGCCCACAUCGCCCCCAGCCCUGGCUGUAGGGACCCCGUGGUUGUGGCUGAGCCGGCGUUGGGCACUGCCUGGGCCUGACUGGCUCCUAGAAGGAAUGGGGAAAUGUGCCCCAGAGGGUUCCUGAAGUUGUGAGAGUGCGGCCACAGCAGCAAAGGGACCAUGUGCAUGGCCCUGCUCCCCCCAUCCUGCUGCUCCCAUCCCAAGGGCGAUGAACAAAGGCAGUGCAGCUGCAGCAAAGACUCCUGAACAUAGCAAUAAAAGUGCUGGGCCAGCAUUAACCCUACAAACCCAUCCGUGUCCGCGUUGUCUGUAAAGGGGACACAAGGGGCACGAAUGUUCCUUUCAGGGCACAUUCUGAGCAGAGCCUCAGGCACUGCAGAUGGCACCGGUGGGGAUGGGGGUCACAAGCCCAGGAAGAGGAGGAGGUGAGCCACUCCCAGGGAGGAU